AUGAACCACAAUGCAACAUUGAGGGAUGCUAAUACAAAUUCUCAAGGUUUUGCAGAUAGUCUUAAAAUUUCUACAACUGGUUUACUGCAUGUGAAAUUUUGGGAUUUCUGCAUACGAGGUCUUGAGCAGAUUUCUAAAUACUUCGGACAUAAGAAUGAGAACAUACAUUGUGGUGUUGUCGAGACUCAAGAUCAUAUCCUCAUUUAUUGCAUUUUUGCUCGGAAUAUUUGGUGUGGCGUUCUUCAAAAACUCGAUAUUCUUUGGUCUUUUCCAAACUCUUUUGGUGAUUUUAUGGUACAAUGGGUGAAUAUUAUACCAAAAGGACCGAACAUUAGAGUCUUUCAGCAUAAAGAUUCAAGUAAAGAGACAAUAAUUUUUAACUGUUUUUCGAAUAAUGGUAAGGGAGAGGAGGAUCUACCUAUCGUAGUAGGCGUCGACGGUGUAUUACCGGAACGUGGCGUUGGAGGAAACGGUGUUGUAGAAGACGGAGAUGGAGGAAUCGGCGUGGACGUUGGAGGAAUUGAAGGAUCUGAAGGAGGCAGAGAAGAUGAAUCUGUAGGUAAAGAUGGCGGAGAUGGCGUGGCUGUCGGCGGAUCUGAUGGUGUUGCUGGAGUGGAAGGUGGAGGAGCAGCCGGUGUUGGAGGAGUGGAAGGUGGAGGAAGAGAAUUUCAUGAUCAUGGAGCGUCAUUCUUAAAUAUUAAAAGCUCAACUUACGCAUCCUGUGAUGAGAAGGGUUGGGAAACUGUAGUCUUUCUAGCUAUCGGUUUUUUCAUGCGCUAUUACAAGCCUCGCAAGCGACCGGUUGUCAGAAAGAAGAACAAGGUGAUGAUGGAGACGCCGAUGAUGGCUUCAUUAGUCGAAAGGCGCGAGAAGAAGAUGAUAGAAGCAAUUCAAGAGAUAUCAAAACUAGAGAAGUUGACAACGAGGUUAAGUUUCAGCCUACUGUAUGAUGCAACUGACAGAUUUUGCCAAGAAAAUAUCAUUCAGGUCGGAAAACGGGGGACAAUGUUCAAAGGAGAACUCCCUUGUGGGAGUUUCAUUGCAGCUAAAAGACUAAAUGGAUCUCAUUACUUGGAUACAAUAUUCAUUUCCAAGUUGAUAAUUCUGAGUCAACUAAAGCAUAAUAUUAUGGUUCCAUUCCUGGGAUUCUGUAUAGAAUCAAGAGACAGGUUUGUGAUGUGCUACAAAUUUAUGCAAAACGGCAAGCUUUACGAUUGGCUACAUCCUGAAAAUGGUGGAUCUAGCUGUCUGGAUUGGCCAACCAGAGUCUUCAUUGCCAAGAAAGUUGCGAAAGGAUUGGCUUAUCUCCAUAGUAACUCUGCUUAUCCAACUGCACAUGUAAAUAUAAGCUCCAGCUCUAUCUUACUUGAUAAUGAUUUUGAACCCAAGAUAUCAAAUUUUGGUGGAGCAGUUUUCAUUUCCAAGAAUUCGAAGAACUCUUAUCAGAAUGUUUUCAAGAAGGAUGUUUAUAGAUUUGGUGUUUUGCUUCUUGAGAUCGUAACAGGGGAAGAUCCCGUAAGGAAUCGUACUUCGUUCAAUUCUCUAAAAGAACACAUAACAGGGGAAGAUCUGGUAAGAAAUCGCAAGUCCUCCGUUGUUGAUAAAUCUGUAAUAGGUGAAAGGUUUGAGCAUGAAAUGUUGCAUUUCUUGGAAGUUGCUUGUGAUUGUCUUCAGACUCUUCCGGAUCAAAGGCCAACGAUGAUUGAAGUGUACCAUAAGUUGGUGGCUGGAUCUCAGGUAGACGUCGAUAGUUACUUAUCAAAAUGUGGAUAG